AUGAGCAAUAAUAAACCAAAUGAGUUGUUAGUUAAUAAUUUCAAAAUUCCCAACUGGUCAGGGAAACCACCACCUGGAUUGCAUCUUGAUGUUCUUAAAGAUGGGAAGCUGGUGCAGUUGGAACCGCACCGACCACAGCAGGUGCCGAUCGACUCUGAACUACAUUUUGGUGCCUCCACCCGCAUAUACAUUAUUCGUGAACGUCCUAAUCCCUUGUAUAAUAUUCCCGGGAAUCUUGCAGAUCCAACGUCACAGUCACUAGAUGGAAAUGGUACGAUGGGUCCAGAAAAUCGCAAUGUUGAUGGAUUUGAUUCAAAUAUGAAUUCUUUAGGGUUACUUUACUCUCAGCUUCCACAGUCUGAAGUUGAAUUAGAUAAUUUAACUGAGUUUAAUACAGCACACAAUAGGCGGAUCAGUAGCAUGGUUGACGUUGCCUGUAAUCCUACAACACUUGUUAAUAAAACGCGAAGAUCGCUUCAAAGCGUUCACUUUAGUGAUGCAGAUGAGGUUAUAAAUCCUGAAGAUGUUGAUCCUUCUAUUGGCAAGUUCCGAAAUCUCAUCCAGGAAACCUUUAUACCAAAUAAGCGUACUAAAGGUAGUCAUGAAGGUGCUAGCUUAGGGGUUGCUGCACCAGACUUGCCUGAAACUCUUCGAACAACUGGAAAGACUACCACCACCACCAGCUCUACUACAGAGGUAACUCAUUCUGUUCAAACCUCAGGAAACAGUUUGAUGCACGUAAACAAUUUAUUCGGUCCGAAUUACAGUUUGGCCUCUAAACUUGGUUUACCAGUUCCAAAUCUUGCUCCAGACGUUGAGAAUGAACCUCAAGAACCUACUCUGCCUCCAACUGUGGCAAUGCUUCAUGCCUUUGCACAUUCAAGGCCUGGAAGUUUGGCAGCUGGAUUAUCGGAAGGCAAACAUGUUGGUGUAUCUAAACUGAGUGCCAGCGACAUUCUGGGAACCUCGGCUGAAUCAGAGGGUAUUUCUGCUUUGGGUCAGGACUCAGGUUUUGAUAUGGGUCUAGUUGACUCAAACUAUCCGAAAAAGAAGAAGUACGCCAAAGAGGCUUGGCCUGGUAAGCGUCCAGGAUUUCUGGUUGGACCUAAGGCUUGA